GAUUGACAAAAGCGAUCCCCGCAGCUCGACCCCGGUGUCACAGACGAAGUGGAGCGAAGUACAUCACAGCGGAUACGGUUGACCAGGACACACCAUGUGGAUUGUGCGAAGUGGCAUGGUGGUCUAGCUUUUUUCAGGGGAUUUGGUGGAAGUUGAGUACAGGGUAGGUAACCACGGCGGUUGAGGGCAGCAGUUCCCAGGCUCCUGCGGGGUUGUCUAGUACACAGGGCGUUCAGGCGACGGAGGUGUUUCAUAAGGCAGAGAAAACCCUCCUGUGAACCCUGUGGUGGGGUGUGGACAAUGUCUUUAUCACAGGAGGAGAUAGAUGCCUGCCAGGAGGCUUUUCGAGAGGUGGACGUGGGCAGGCGGGGGAACAUCAACGUGUGGGAGCUCCGGAUCGUUCUCCAGGAGCUCGGGCAGAACCCCACCGACAAGGAAUUUUUCGAGGUGGUUAGCACGGUGGACCGGGAGAUGAAGGGCCUCAUCGACUUCACCUCCUUUUUGAAGAUUGUCGCCAGCCAGAAGAGCGUUCGGAGCAUCUGGUCUGGCGACAGCGGAGAUUUAGUCGACGCUUUCGUGGCUUGCGGUGGAAACCCUGACGAGACUGGGUCCGCGGACGUCGGCAAGAUCGUCAAGAUCGUCAAGACAGACUUCGGCCUGGACGUCGACAUCGAGGCUAUCAUCGACACGCUUGACGUCGACGGGGCGGGACAGCUAGGGUUCGCGCAGUUCAAGGAGAUGCUAACGGCCGCGUGAAGAGUACAAUCGCUCUCGGGGGGCGCUUGGAUAUACGGACAUGCCGAAAGUCGUUAUGGGGACCCCGGCAGCCUUUCCGUCGAAGGAAAGUCACGGCUCGUGAAGCAAUGCGUAGGUGAAGCAGGAUUGAUGUUUUGCGGUGGUUGUUAUUCCGUGCGUAGGGUAUGGGAUGUCUCGUCGAUGCACAAGGGCCCAGGUCGUCGUUUUGCAGGGUAGCUAAUGUUAUCGUUCCUCUCGCUGUAUUUUUGGAGGGUUCAACGGGGGGAAAGUGUGACUGUACAGCGGUUUCAUUCACAUUGUAGAUAAAUGGGUCGGCUGAGCAGACUGAAAUAGAGCGGCGUGUGAGGGGUCGUGUGCACCAGUCUGACGGGGGUGUGAACGGUAUCAAUGCAUAGACGGAUAAGGAGGUUCCAAAUGCUACCGCUUGUACGGGUUGGAUGUGGUGGGACUUUCGCUACAUUGUUGAACAGAGGCUACUGUUCAGGAACAUCUCUAGAAGAAAAAAGCAGCUACAUUGCAUUCGAAGCAAGGAACACGCCGCAAGCUAAACCAAUCUAUCCUUCUGAGGUGUUAAGGAGAAAUAAAUACACGUACAGAAAGACUACCCAUUCGAGGUAUACCCACAGUCGAACGGGAUGUGGUGGACGGAGUGUUUUUGUGCAUUUGUAGACGGAGUGUUUUUUGUCUUUGUUGGGAAAAAGUAUACAAUCACUUGGCUGUGGAAGAGAGGUGCAUGGACAUGGACCCUAUGUAGAUGUUCAGGGUUUGCGUCCGGGCCCUGAAUAGUGAACGACGGAACACCCCGUCCAAAACACCCAAUUAGAUCACACCUUAUGAGAAAAAUGUCGCU